AUGGGCCGUAGCGGCGGUAUAUCUAAUAGCAUGGGUCCAGGUGCCGUAUGUUUCGAGUUUAUGGAUCAUCUCUACUGUGGAUCAGAUCCAAAGGAUACCCAGAGCGCAGACAUGUCAGACCCUAGCAAUCCCAACAUCCAACACCGCACAACCCCCCAAUGGGCCCUAUACCAGCGUGAGAACUUUCUGAACCUCAACGAGGGCAAGACUGCCCCGUUCAAUACAGACCCCACCAAACUUGAACAACAAGCCAAGGAGACUCUCAGCAAGGGCGGCUGGUUCUACGCCUCCUCCAACGCCGGGCUAUCAACCACCCACCUCGCCAACCGACAGGCCUUCUACCGCCACCGUAUAAUCCCUAAUCAGCUCGUUGACACGAACCUCCGCGACACGACAACCACCAUCUUCGGACACACGGUCUCCGCCCCCAUCGGAUUCGCCCCAAUAGGCAUCAACAAGAUCUACCACCCGUCCGCCGAACUCGCCGUUGCAAAGGUUGCCGGCGAACUGAAUCUCCCAUACUGUCUCAGUACAGCUGGAAGCACACCGAUUGAAAAAGUCGGCGAGGCAAAUGGACCGGGGAAUCCGAGGUUCUAUCAGCUAUACAUGCCGCACGACGACGAGCUGACAGUCUCCUUGCUAAAGAGGGCAUGGGACAGCGGGUUCGACGCCGUCAUGCUGACGACGGAUACAUGGCAGCUCGGCUGGCGCCACGACGACGUCGCGAACUCAAACUACGCAUUCUACCGCGGUCUGGGCGCAGAUUUAGGUCUAACUGACCCGGUGUUUCAAAAACGCUGCCGCGAAGCAGGCAUCGACCCCGAGAAAGACGUCGUGGCAGCCUCGACCAAAUGGAUCGACUCCGUCUGGCAUGGACGCGCCUGGACGUGGGAGAAAAUUCCUUGGCUGAUUAAGACGUGGAAAGAGAUAUCUGGUGGUCGACCAUUCGCUAUCAAGGGGAUUCAAUCCGUACCGGAUGCAAAGAAGUGCGUUGAGCUCGGUGUCGACGGGAUUGUGGUGAGUAAUCAUGCGGGCCGGCAGGUCGACGGUGCAAUUGCGUCUCUUGAUGCGCUCGAGAAUAUUGCGAAUGCCGUUGGCGACCAGAUCUAUAUCAUGUAUGAUUCGGGUGUGAGGGGGGCAAGCGAUGUUGGCAAGGCAUUGGCACUGGGCGCGAAGUUUGUGUUUGUGGGGAGGUUGUGGAUUUGGGGGUUAAGUAUAAUGGGAGAGGAAGGGGUGAGGCAUGUUAUGAAGAGUUUGCUAGCAGAUUUUGAUAUUCUGAUGGCUGUGGGAGGGUUUAAGAGCGUGAAAGACUUUGACCGGUCGAUCCUCGAGUCAUAUCCAAAGUCAUACACGUAUAUCCCGGAUAGGGUGCUGUGA